AUGCCGGAACGCCGCCGCCGCAUCCUUGGAUUCAUCCAGGAAUUCUACUCUGAGAACGGUAUUCCACCCACGGUUCGCGACAUACAGCAGGCGUGUGAAAUCAGUUCCACGUCGGUUGUCGACUACAAUCUGAGGCAACUAGAAGAAGCCGGGUACCUCAACAGGCGUCGGGAGGUUGCCCGGGGCAUCGAACUGCUGGACCGGGAGGGCGAACCGGUGUCCAGCGCUCCCAGGAUACAGAUCGUUGGCUCUAUAGCCGCCGGCCAGCCGUUGCCGGUCUUUUCCUCGGAAGGCGCCGCUGCCAGCGAGGAAUUCGACACCGUGGAGGUCUCACCGGACCUGCCCCGGCGCCAUGGCAAGCUCUUUGCGUUGACUGUCCACGGUACGUCCAUGAUCGACGCUCUUAUAGACGAUGGUGAUGUGGUGGUGAUCAAGCCGGAACAGGAAGCGGCGAACGGUGACAUGGUGGUGGCCUGGCUCAGAGAGGAGGAGGAGGCCACGCUGAAGAAGUUUUACCGAGAGGGAGACCGCGUCAGGCUGCAACCAGCCAACCGCACGAUGUCUCCAAUUUACUGCCAGGCCGAGAACGUCGAGGUCCGAGGCAAAGUAGUGACGGUGCUGCGCAAGUUUAGCUGA